AUGGUGAACACCGUCGUCACUGCUGGCACGGCCUUUCUGGCUGUUGCCAACGCUGCUCCUGCCUGGACACUCCCCGGCAUCAAUCUUGGUGUCGGCCUUGGGCUGGGUAUAGGUGGCGGAACUGGUGCAAGCUCUGCUCGUGCCAGCUCUUCUACCGCCGCAGCUACCAACGCAGCUGCUCCCACCGUACCUGCUGGCAUUGCGACUCCAUCGUCCACCCCCGCACCAAACGGCACGCCAUCACCCGCCUGGUCUCUUGCCGAACUUUUCGAGUGGCUUCGCUUGAGACAGGUAGCUACCAGGACUGUCACUGUGCAUGAUCUGCCUACGAAUGCACCUGUGUGCAGUCUGGGCAAUGGGCUUCCGGGAUUGCCAGAACCGAGUUUGCCUGCUUUGCCUAGCAUCGGGCUCCCUGAUGGGCCAAACCCCGGGCAGACUGCUGCUCCGGGUCUUCCAAGCAUUGGCCUUCCUAGCAUUGGUGUUCCCAGCAUUGGUGUUCCCAGCAUUGGCCUUCCAAGUGUCAGCCUUCCAAGUGUUGGCCUUCCAAGUGUUGGCCUUCCCAGCAUUGGCCUACCAAGUGUCGGUGCGGGCUUCCCUGAGCCAAGUCUACCGGUUCUUCCUAGCAUCGGACUUCCCAGUGUUGCUCUCCCGAGUCUUCCUCUUCCCAGCAAUGGUCUUCCCAGCAUCGGUCUUCCUAGCAUCGGUCUUCCCAGCAAUGGUCUUCCCAGCAAUGGUCUUCCCAGCAUCGGUCUUCCCAGCAUCGGUCUUCCCAGCAUCGGUCUUCCCAGCAUCGGUCUUCCCAGCAUCGGUCUUCCGUCUCUGCCUACACCCAGUCUGCCGACUGUGACUGAUAUCGACCUCCCAGGAUUGCCUAGCAGCCUGGCCCUACCUACUCUUACUAUCCCAUCGGGCCCUGGUGUAGAGAUUCCCAGCGGACCUAGCAUCGCUCUUCCCACUCUGCCAGCUGAGCCAUCGCUACCAGUCAUUGAUCUUCCUUCACUACCGGCUCUUCCUUCGCUGCCGGCUCUUCCUUCGCUGCCGGCUCUUCCUUCGCUGCCGGCUCUUCCUUCGCUGCCGGCUCUUCCUUCACUGCCGGCUCUCCCUUCACUACCGGCUCUUUCACUACCGGCUCUUUCACUACCGGCUCUUCCGUCUUUGCCAGCAGAUCCAUCAUUGCCAAUUGAUUUGCCCUCAUUACCGGUAGUCACGGCGCUUCCUACGCAGCUACCUGAUAUCUCUGUGCCUGGCAUCCCUCUCCCAUCUCUGCCAGUCAUUGAACUGCCCUCGCUACCGGCUCUUCCAUCUCUGCCAGCGGAUCCAUCUCUACCAGUCAUCAAUCUUCCUUCUCUGCCGGUCAUCACAGAUUUGCCAGAUAUCUCUAUCCCAGGUGUUCCCCUGCCAUCUCUUCCUGUGGUUCCAUCUCUACCAGUUAUUGAUCUGCCCUCUCUGCCGGUCAUUACAGCGCUACCAACCCAGCUGCCGGAUAUCUCCUCCAUACUGAUCUGCCGGCUCUUCACUUCCUUCCCAGCCGUCUCGGUACCGGUGAUUUCGUCUGUACCAGCGAUCAAUCUUCCUAACCCAAGUCUACCAUCUCUUCCUUCCUUCCCAGCCGUCUCGGUACCAGCAAUUGAUCUUCCGGGGCUCCCCUCGUUACCUAUCGGUCUACCAUCUCUGCCAGUCAUCACUGCACUGCCUACCCAGCUGCCGGCUAUUCCUUCUCUCCCGGCGAUCUCUCUCCCAUCCGUACCGGCGAUCUCUCUCCCAUCCGUACCGGCGAUCUCUCUCCCAUCCGUACCGGGCGAUCUCUCUCCCAUCCGUACCGGCGAUCUCUCUCCCAUCCGUACCGGCCGAUCUCUCUCCCAUCCGUACCGGCGAUCUCUCUCCCAUCCCGGCCAGCGAUCUCUCUUCCUCUCUUUGCCGACACUUUCUGUGCCAGCGAUUUCUCUGCCAGCGGAUUUCUCUGCCAGCGGUUUCUGUGCCAGCGGUUUCUGUGCCAGCGGUUUCUGUGCCAGCGGUUUCUCUGCCAGCGGUUUCUGGUGCCAGCGGUUUCUGUGCCAGCGGUUUCUGUGCCAGCGGUUUCUGGUGCCAGCGAUCUCUCUUCCCUCUUUGCCGACACUUUCUGUGCCAGCGAUUUCUCUGCCAGCGGUUUCUGUGCCAGCGAUUUCUCUGCCAGCGGUUUCUGUGCCAGCGAUCUCUCUUCCCUCUCUACCGACACUUUCUGUGCCAGCGAUUUCUGUACCGGCAAUUUCUGUCCCGUCCCUGCCGGCUGUUCCCUCCCUGCCAGUCAUCAGCAUUCCUGGAAUCGGACUGCCAAAUCCCAGACCAACAACUCUCGCGACCGUAGUCUCGUCCGCCGCGCCAACAACCACAACUCCUACUGGUCUCACCACCACUAUCCUCCCACGAGCCGCCGACUUCGAGAACAAUGUCGGCUUCCCACUUCUCGCCUUGUCUCCGAUCAACACCUACCUUGACAUCUUCUGGCAAGGCUUCACGCUGGCCCAGACCCCGGCGGCCCAGGGCAUCCUUACAGUCGUCCCAUACAGUGGAACCAACGUCGCUAGCUUCUCGUCCCUCAAUAUGCUGCAAGGUGGGGCCGCCAUGAGCGUCACCUACGCUGGUAGCGUCGUAAACACUUUCGACUUGACCUCGUUCUUUUACGGCUGCGCCUUGCCCAUACCCCUCGGUUUCGUGGCAGUACCGACAACAUGCAAGAUUACCAUUAAGGGAUACACUGACGAUGCGGCCACGAUCUCGGUGGGCGAGCAGACCUUCAGCUUUACUACAAAGGUUGGACAGACAAGCGCGCAGAUGAGCAAGGCGCUGGUGGAUGCAAAGUUCAAGGGAUUGAAGAGGGUGACAUUCACGACUGACACUCCUCUGGCGGCCGGCGUUAUCGACUCGGUCAGCUACUCGAUUAACAAGUGGACUGGAUUCUAA